AUGGCAUCUCCAACCCCAAUCUCAGUCGUGGAUCUGCCCCCGGAUCUGAGCUUCAUCGCCAUGUCCACCUCCUCCUCAUCCGCCAUCCCGCAGAUCCCCCUGUCCGACACAUGCAUGUCGUGCAACGGCUCCGACAACAACCCUCAGCCAUCACACUCGCCCUCCUCCCAAGGCCACCACUCCUCCUCGCAGUACCAGUUCCAGAAUCACCAACACCACCACCACCACCGCAGCCAGUCCAUCUCCACCUCCAACCCUCCCCCGCAGGUCGACGGCAUCAUCCCCAUCGCCCACAACUUCAUCAACAAUGCCCUGAUCCAGUCCAAGACCCGGGUCUGGACCAAGACCUUCGACCCGGCCACCCAGUCCUUCCUCACCCGCGUCCCCGAGUCCACCGUCCUCGAGGUCCAGCAGGCCGUCGCCGCCGCCGCCGUCGCCCAGCCUCACUGGGCCGCCAUCCCCUUCCAGCACCGCCGCCUCAAGCUCCUCGACCUCGUACACGCCAUCCAGCAGCACCACGCCCGCAUCGUCCACUGCCUCGUCACCGAGAUCGGCAAGACCGCCCAGGACGCCGAGAACGAGGUCGAGCGCGGCAUCGACGCCAUCAUCGCCGCCACGGGCAUCGGCAGCGAGAUGAGCGGCCACUCCUGGCCCGGCCACCCCUCCUCCACCCACACCACCCACGAGGCCCUCGGCGUCUGCGUCUCCGUCACCCCCUUCAACUUCCCCUUCAUGAUCCCCCUCUGGACCGUGCCCCUCGCCCUCGUCACCGGCAACACCGCCAUCCUCAAGCCCUCGGAGCGCGCCCCCAGCACCUCCAUGCUCCUCUCCGACUGCUUCCUCCACGCGGGAUUCCCCCCGGGCGUCUUCUCCAUCGUCCACGGCGGCGGCGGCGUCGUCGGCGUCCUCCUCUCCCAGCCCGCCGUCGCUGCCGUCCACCACGUCGGCUCCGAGAUCGGGGGGGAGAGGGUCUUCGAGCACGCCCGCGCCAACCGCAAGCGCGUCCAGGUCGAGUGCGGCGGCAAGAACCACGCCGUCGUCCUCCCCGACGCGGCCAAGCGGUCGACCCUGUACGCCAUAGCGGGGAGCGCGUUCGGCGCCUCGGGGCAGCGGUGCAUGGCGCUGAGCGUCGUCGUCUUCGUCGGGUCGUCGAGCGAGUGGCUCGCCGAGCUGACCGAGAUUGCCGGCUCGCUCGUCGUGGGCAACGGCGCGGACCCGGCGGUCGGGAUGGGACCCCUCAUCUCGGCCGCCGCCAAGGAGAGGGUGGUUGGGGUGAUCAACGAGGCGGAGCAGGAUGGCGCGCACGUCGUGCUGGAUGGGAGGGAUUGCUAUGUUGAGGGGUACCCGCAUGGGAACUUUGUUGGGCCGACGAUAUUGACCAAUGUCGAGCCGUAUAUGCAGUGCUAUCAGGAGGAGCUGUUCGGGCCGGUGCUGGUCUGCCUGCAGGUGAACACGCUGAACGAGGCCAUCGAGCUGAUCAACGAGAACCGCUAUGGUAACGGUUGUACUUUAUUUACGUCGAGUCCGGCCGCAGCCAAGUCAUUCCAGGACGAGGUGAACGUGGGACAGAUCGGUAUCAACGUCCCCAACUUGGCUCCAUCAGGCGCGAUACCACGGACCUCAAACAAGGAGUCCUUCAUGGGAGACAUCCGAGGCAUGGGCGCUGCGCGAUGGCAGUUUUUCACCAACACAAAGACAGUCACGACACUGUGGAGAUCAGAUUAG